AUGAGGGUGGAGGACACUACUUCUAAGCUUGUCCUGGACACAGAUGACAGAUCUGGAAUGGUCACCGAACAUCAGGAGGACAGAAAAGGACAGGAAUCCAGAAGCUGGGUUGGAGGAACAAGCGAUGUGGAGGUGAAUGAGAAGAAAGACAGAGUUACAGACGCACUCAAUGCCACGCGAGCAGCUGUGGAAGAAGGCAUCGUGCUAGGCGGGGGCUGCGCUCUGCUGCGCUGCAUCCCAGCCUUGGAUUCCCUAAAGCCUUCUAAUGAGGAUCAGAAAAUAGGUAUAGACAUUAUUAAAAGAGCACUCAAAAUUCCCGCCAUGACCAUUGCUAAGAACGCGGGUGUUGAAGGGUCUUUGAUAGUCGAGAAGAUUCUGCAGAGUUCCUCAGAAGUUGGGUAUGAUGCCAUGCUCGGGGAAUUUGUGAACAUGGUGGAGAAGGGAAUCAUUGAUCCAACAAAGGUCGUAAGAACUGCUUUACUGGAUGCUGCUGGGGUGGCCUCCUUGCUAACAACAGCAGAAGCUGUAGUGACCGAAAUUCCUAAAGAAGAGAAGGACCCUGGAAUGGGCGCAAUGGGGGGAAUGGGAGGGGGAAUGGGAGGUGGCAUGUUCUAAUUCCUAGAAUAGCGCUUUGCCCUUACCAAUGAACUGUGACAGGAAGCUCAAGGCAGGUUCCUCACCGAUACCUUCAGAGAAGCUCCUGAAGAAAAUGAAGAGAAGGCUGGCUGAUCACUAUAACCAUCAGUUACUGGUUCCCAUUGACAAUACAUAAUGGUUUACUGCUGUCAUUGUCCAUGCCUACAGAUAAUUUAUUUUGUAUUUUUGAAUAAAGACAUUUGUACAUUCCUGAUACUGGGUGCAAGAGCCAUAUACCAGUGUCCUGCUUUCAACUUGAGUCACUGAGGCAGGCCUGCUGGUCCGUCCGCUACGGUCAGGACUGUGGCGCUUGUGCCACCAGACGAGAGGUCAGAGGCAGCCUUUCUGUGGAGCGAGAUAACUGUACAAAGUAGAGAAGUAUCCAAUUAUGUGACAACCUUUGUGUAAUAAAAUUUUGUUUAA